GCCGCCGCUGGCCUUCGCUCCACUUCAUCUUCAUACCCCUUUCCGAUUUCUUGUAUUUGCUCGCGGUUUCUUCUCCGCGGGGGUCGUGUUGCACUUCAGGAAACCAAUUCAGUCUCUUCUAACGAUAAGCUUUUUGGUACCUCAAGCUACCUGGAAAAUUUUAUGAAGGCCUAAUAAUGGGGCAGAAGAAGAACAACGGCGAAAAACCGAAAACGGAGGGUAAGAGUCCAUCAGAGGUCUUCGCGUCCUGUACUUUCUCUAGCCUCGGCCUGCAUCCAACUUUAUGCGACCAGCUCAAAGAGAGGAUGGGCUUCGAGUUUCCGACGCAGGUUCAGGCGGAGGCGAUUCCGGUGGUGCUUUCAGGCCGACACGUGCUUGUGAAUGCAGCAACUGGAACAGGAAAAACAGUGGCAUAUCUUGCUCCCAUUAUUCAUAUGUUACAGGGCUCUGAUAGACGAAUUGAGCGCUCUGAUGGCACUUUAGCGUUGGUUUUGGUACCAACGCGUGAACUCUGCAUGCAGGUAUAUGAAAUUUUGCAGAAGUUGUUGCAUCGAUUCCAUUGGAUUGUUCCUGGCUACAUUAUGGGUGGUGAAAACAGAUCUAAGGAGAAAGCAAGAUUAAGGAAAGGUGUAUCUAUCCUUGUUGCAACUCCUGGACGUCUUCUGGACCACUUGAAGAAUACCUCCUCAUUUCUGCAUGAUAACCUUAGAUGGAUAAUAUUUGAUGAAGCUGAUAGGAUCUUAGAAUUAGGUUAUGGUAAAGACAUAGAAGAAAUACUUAAUUGGUUGGGCACAAGAUAUCACAAUUCUGGCACCAAGGGAAGCUCAUCGGCUACUUCCAGAGUUCAGAAGCAGAAUUUGCUGUUAUCAGCUACCCUGAAUGAAAAAGUAAACCAUCUUGCUAAAAUUAGUUUAGACAAUCCUGUGAUGAUUGGUCUUGAUGACAAGAAGACACAAAAUGUAAACCGCUGUCAUAUUACAUUUGAACCUGAUGUGGUUGAUGGAGCCGAAGUAUCAGAAAAAUUGUUGAGUUCUUCAACUGAGUAUAAUCUUCCAGCUCAGUUGGUUCAGAGAUAUAUGAAAGUACCAUGCGGCUCUCGACUUGUGGUGCUUCUUUCUGUUUUAAAGCACCUUUUUGAGAAAGAGGCAUCCCAGAAGGUUGUGGUAUUUUUUUCUACUUGUGAUGCAGUGGAUUUCCAUUACUCUGUUAUAAGUGAAUUUCAAUACUCCCUUGUAUCACAAUCAGAAACAGAACUAAAACAAAAAUUCUUGAGAUGUAAAACAUUGCGUUUACAUGGAAACAUGGAUCACGAGGAUCGCAAAACAACAUUCCAGAUGUUCAAGACUGAGAAGUCGGCUCUUUUAUUGUCCACGGAUGUUUCUGCUAGAGGCCUAGAUUUCCCAAAAGUGAGAUGCAUCAUACAGUAUGAUUCUCCAGGAGAGGCAACUGAAUAUGUUCACAGAGUUGGAAGAACUGCUAGGCUGGGGGAGAAGGGAGAUUCAGUGUUGUUCCUACAGCCAAUUGAAAUAGAUUAUUUGAAGGAUCUCGAGAAACAUGGCGUGACUCUGAUUGAGUAUCCCCUUCUAAAACUUCUAAGUAGCUUCCCUUUAUACAGCCAGAAGCAACAGAUGGGAAAGAAGUUUGUUUCAAUAGAAAUGCAUCCAUUGCUGGUCAGUUUGCAGAGGGGAUUAGAAUCCUUUAUUGCAUCUGAGCCAAAGCUGAAGCAACUAGCCCGGGAUGCAUUUUCCUCAUGGGUCCGGGCAUACACUGCCCAUCGCGGUGAGCUCAAGCAAAUCUUCACUGUGAAGAAACUCCAUCUCGGGCAUGUGGCUAAAAGCUUUGGAUUAAAAGACCAACCUUCACUGGUCAGCAAAACUAUCCGGAAGCAGGUGAAGAAGAGGAAGCGAGACGACAACCAGAGUAAACACAAGGUGAAAUCAAAGAAACGGGCUAUCCUUAAAUCUUGACAGAUUCGAGGCCUUCUUUCACUCUCACCACGCUGUGUACUAAAGCGCCGCCAUGGCAUCAAUUUAUCCUUCUGUAAUUCCGGGUGCUUUGUGACAACCCGGUAAAAGUUAGUGCUUUCGGCUGCCCGAACAUUUCCGUCGUUGUAGUAAUCAUAUUAUGGCCUAACCAGGACCACGACCUGAUGAUCUCUAUCAAAAUUGGUACCACAUCCAGUCAUCUUACUAUUUA